AAGGAACAGUGAAAGGGAAUUACCGACACAUCCUCGAGAAAUGGCCAUGAAAACACCACUCUCCUUUCAGGGUUCUAUAAUACCCUUCCGCACGUGUGGCCAAUGCAUCCGCCGUCCGUACCACCUCGGCCCAGCUAGGACGGCCGCGCCGACCCGACACCUGUCCACGAGUAACCCGCUCCGCUCCGCCGUAAAGAACGCCAGCGGAACGAAUCCAUUGCGCUCCAGUGGGAAUGUCCGCUCCCGGGAACAAGAAGUUGCGCAGUACCGCCGGUCGAUGGGUUGGUCGGCGGCUGGGAUCGCCGUGUGUGCGGUGGCUAUGUAUGGCAUGAUCAAGCUGGAUGCGUUUGGGUUGGAGGAGCAACAGCAGGAGGAGGAGGAGGGAGGAAAGGAGAACAAUGCGAUGAAGAUGGAGGGACCGCAGGGGUUCGCGAGCAGUCCAUCGAUCGUUCGGAUCCAGGGACAGGAUGGCGUCGAACAGGUAGCUACGGGGACGAGUUCGGUGUCGCAUUUCCCGGCUACGAUCCGACUUCCGAAGUACCAGGCUGGGUCGCUCAAAUCUGGAGAUGAGGUUGCCACUGGGGAGGAGGAGGAGGAGGAGGAGGAGGAGGAGUAUCAGCUUCUCGGGCUUGGGAUCCGGACUGUCUCUUUCCUCAAGAUCCAGGUGUACGUCGUGGGCCUGUACGUAGCCACAUCUGAUAUCUCUGAGCUGCAGCGGCGCCUGGUGCAUACGGCGGUAGAUCCCCCAAGCGAGAAGCCCGUGAUCUCCAACGCCGUCGGAGCGACAUCAGCGACAUCUCUGGUAUCUACGGAACGGCAGCACCUGAAGGAGCUUCUCCUGGACGAGGAGAAGGGCGAUGCCGCCUGGGACGCAAUCCUCAAGGAGGACGGGCUGCGAACUGUCUUCCGCAUCGUGCCCACGCGGAACACGGACUUUUUGCACUUGCGCGACGGCUUUGUGCGCGGGAUCACGGCGCGCGCGCAGAAAGCCACCGCCACCGCCAAAGCCAAAGCCAAAGCUGCUGCCGAACCAGGCGAGUCGGGAUCCCUUGUUUCUGCGGGAGAAUUCCAAGACGAGGCUUUCGGCAUCUCAUUGAACGAUUUCAAGAGCCUGUUCGGUGGAAGUCAGCGCAAGAAUGUCCCCAAGGGCCAGACGCUGCUUCUGAUCCGGAAUGCCCACGGAGAGCUAGAUGCGCUCUUCCAGCCAGAACCGACCAAGCCACUCCGAUUCAUGGGCCGGGUUUCCGAUGAGCGAAUCAGUCGACUGGUGUGGAUGAAUUAUCUCGCUGGCAAGCCCGUCUCUAGUGAGGAAGCCCGCCGGAGCGUCGUGGAUGGAAUCAUGGCGAUUGUCGAGCGACCUGUCGGGACCCUGGUUUAGAGUUUUUGUAGAGCUCUCUAGCAUUUCUUGUAUAAUGAUGUAUGUAUGCAAUCUUAAUGGCUCGCGCUCUGCUAUCCUACACUUGUCAUACACGUGUACUAGUGCUUACCUAGGUAUUCUAGGGACAUAAGUAGCCAAUAAUAAGUAGUAGAAAUACCAAGUACCUCACAAU